UCUCUCCACCACCUGCCACAGCAGCGACGCAGCCAUGGAGAGCUUCUGCAAAUUAUUAUAAGACCACAGAACAUCCCGGCAGAGAGAGACAGAGAGAGAGAGAGAGAGAGAGAGAGAGAGAGAGAGAGAGAGAGAGAGAGAGAGAGAGAGAGAGAGAGAGAGAGGAGGGAGGCAGAAAAGGUGGAGGCUGAGUGGAAGAGGUGGACAGAGUGACAGACGGAAGCAUAUGGUUUGCUGAAACGGACAGAAACUUAUCCAGACACCGCGAUCAGCGGACAGGCGCGUGUGAUUCGUGGAUCUAUUCAUAAUUUUAUUGUUAUUUUCAUUCCCCCUGUUAGUUUUCCUCAGUAUUUCCAUGCGCUCUCACCUGUGCCGGGCUGCUCGCGCGCAUCUGUUCCAUUAGUUUGUGCAGGGUGGAUUGCGGUUAUUCCACCUCCCCGAUCGCGCGCACACACGCGCGCAGACCCAUCACAAGACCGCGGCGCAGCCUUGCAGAAGCGUCUUGCAACGGGGAAAUUCAAUUAGACAAGUUGUUCCUGGAGAAGGGCUUGGAAACACCGGCUGAGUCUCGGCUUGUCAAACCCGCCUCGUCUCUUCUCGGAGCCUCCUCGGUCCCCCCCUCUCUCUCCUCUUUUCUCCUCUCCUCGUCGCGGUAACCAGCCAUGUCUGGGCAGACUGUGACCAUCCCGGACGACCGGGCUUUCGCCAGCUUCAAGGCCGAGUGUCUGUGCGAAGAAGGCUGGACCCAGACCUACAACAAGGGGGGCAUCACCGUGUGGACCCAAGUUCUGGAGGAGGGCAAGUCCAUCCACAAAAUCAAGUGCCGGAUGAUUUGUAAGGACGUGUCAGCUGCGACUAUGUACGACGUCCUCCACGACAUCGAGUACAGGCGGAAAUGGGACUCGAACGUCAUCGAGACCUUUGACAUCGGGAAGCUCACAGUCAAUGCAGACGUUGGUUACUACUCAUGGAGUUGUCCAAAGCCUCUCCGUAACCGCGACGUGAUCACACUUCGCUCCUGGCUGCCAAUUGGAAAUGAUUACAUCAUCAUGAACUAUUCAGUCAAACACGCAAAAUAUCCUCCCAAAAAGGACUUUGUUCGUGCUGUUUCCAUUCAAACUGGCUACAUGGUCCAGACCCAGGGACCGAACAGCUGCAUCCUCACGUACAUGGCCCAAGUUGAUCCAAGAGGCUCGCUACCCAAGUGGGUUGUCAACAAGGCUUCUCAGUUCCUUGCUCCUCGUGCAAUGAAGAAGAUUAACAAAGCCUGCUCGAAGUAUUCAGAGUGGAAGCAAAGACAUAACCCUCACUUGAAGCCCUGGUUGAACCCUGAACAGACUACAUUAACCACCAUCCCGCUCUCCGAGCUCAGCGUCCAGCGCGCAGAGAGCCUGGAGAAGAUUGAUGAGAGCUCCGUGGCUGAGACCCAUGAGAGAGAAGACAGCGACUAACACACACACACACACAAACACACACACACACGCACGCACGCACGAACACACACGUUCAUCCAAACAGUAAUGCAGGGAUACAUGAAUGCCUGAUGCACAUGCAUAAUCACACUAUGUACAUGUACACUUUACUUUAUUCAUUAGUAUGUGUGUUUAUGUACAUGCACAGUCAUAUUUACCGCCAUAUUGUAAAAUGGCCACACAGGCACAUGUAUGUAGGCCGUCAUGCGCCAAGACAAACUCAUACUUUACCAACCUGAAUGGAAACAUGCAUACAUCAUGUAUGAUCCAUACAUGCAGCAUGGAUACAGUCACUGAUCCUCAGUCACCCACUUACAUGGGGCUCUAGACUGUACAAUACCUUAAUUCUUGGCUGUUUAUAAAUGUAAGUUGCUUAAUUGGGACCAAUGCAGACUAUCAACAGACUAACAAAAUGUUUUAUUCAGUACUAGUCAAUGUUUACAUGUUGACAUAUUAACCUUAUAGUGCACACACUGCUGUUAUUUGACCAAAGGAUUUUUGAAUACGAUUAUAUUGUCCUUUAAUGUGUUGGUGCAACAAUCUCUUAUGGUGUACAAACUAUUUAUUUACAUUACUCGAAUGCAUUCAGACACUGUAUAUGUACCAAGUAUAUAUUUUUCUCCUCAUGUUGCCUUGCUGUCCCACAUUAUGUGUCCCGAUCACAUUUUGUAAGCACAUGGUGAAUAACCUGGUGUGCAGAAGGCAGCUGGAACCUCCAACCCAACAUGCAUCCCUCUGUCUUAAACUCACAUGCACACAGACAAACAUGCACACACACACACACACACACACACACACACACAUACACAGAUUUACUCUAACAUGUACUGUCUGCUCCUCUAUUUGAGAGAUGUAUGAAUGUAUGUAGAGUUU